CAGAGCCAUCUCCCCCGUUAGAGCAGCACGGCCUGCGUCUGACAUCCUCCAAGCCGCUGCAACACAUAGAGAGAGAGGGAGGGACCGAUAGAGGAGGAGGACCACAGACAAACAUAUCGCGUCUCUCUCUUACAGCCCCCCUUGUGCGUUUGUAUCUCUCUGUGAGCCACGCGGAUGACAAAUAGGAACAUUAUUAAGCCUGAAAAAUUCUUCCUCUGCCUUUUAUUUACCCUGCUUUUCCCUCCAUCGUCCAAGUCUCGAAUAGGGGUGUCAGCGGCCACAGCGGGAUAAAAUAAAGGGAUGCUUUGAAUGCUGCCUCUGUCUACGACACCGCACAGAGAAGCAGAAAGGAGCACGACAAUCAAGGGCGAAAACAGGAUUUUGAGAAUGAAUGGGAGUCCUUCUCCAGCAUGUGUUAGGAAUAGCAGCUCAUCGCUGAAGUCUUCAGAUAAGGAGCCUGCCCAAAGAACGUGACGGCACACAUGGUCUCGAUGCUACCAGCCCCACAAGCCCUGCUACGCUCCACAGCCAAAGUUCCACUCUUCUUCAUGACACAGCACUCAUCACCAACGUUCUCCAAAUUUUACCAGUUCAGGGAUGUGUAAGGACUAGAAGCAAGGAAUAAUAACUGAGCGCAUAAGAAAUAAACAGAAGAAAUCCAGGAACCAGGUUGACUGUCGCAGGGUGUUGUUUCCAUGCUGUGCAAGGGAGAAGACAUGGCUGGCUGAAAUGUUGUGGAGAAUCCCACUAAUCUCUCAUUGUGCUGCUUCUGUGUGGCUACUCCAGCUACGCAACUGCAUCUCUAAUGGUGCCAUGAUCCAGUUCUAACCCUGGGUGAGGCAUCGAUUUGCCAUAAUCAAACACAUGGCUUUAAUGUGUUCAAAAUACACUGGUUCUCAAAGGUAAUGACGAGGCAUAAAACCAAUCCUGGAGAUGCCGAAAAGAAGAGACAUUCUUGCCAUUGUGUUGAUAGUGUUACCGUGGACUCUGCUCAUCACUGUUUGGCACCAGAGUGCAAUCGCUCCACUGCUCGCCAUCCGCAAGGUCUGUCACCACCUAGUAAAACAGAUCUUAAUCAUACCAGAGAGGCUUGCAGUCCAUCGGCACCGACUUGCAGAUGACGGAGCUGAUGGAGGGCGGGGGGAGACGGGCCAGGCCGGCGACUCUAAGGAGUAUUGCUCAUCCGAUAAGGACAUAGUGGAGGUGGUGAGGACAGAGUAUGUGUACACGCGGCCGCCGCCGUGGUCCGACGUGCUGCCCACCAUCCAUGUCAUCACCCCCACCUACAGUCGGCCAGUGCAGAAGGCGGAGCUGACACGGCUGGCCAACACCUUUCUUCACGUCGCCAACCUGCACUGGAUUCUGGUGGAGGACUCCCAGAGACGAACUCCACUGGUGACACACCUGCUCCGGGAAACAGGGCUUAACUACACCCACCUGAAUGUGGAAACACCCAGGAACUAUAAGCUGCGCGGGGACACGCGGGACCCCAGGAUACCCCGGGGUACAAUGCAGAGAAAUCUGGCCCUCCGCUGGCUAAGAGAGACCUUCAACUUCAAUAGCAGCCAGGCAGGCAUUGUCUACUUCGCUGAUGAUGACAACACCUACAGCCUGGAGCUGUUUGAGGAGAUGAGGUCCACAAGGAAGGUAUCAGUAUGGCCCGUGGCCUUCGUUGGUGGUCUGCGGUAUGAGUCACCAAAGGUCAAUGCAGCAGGGAAGGUGUACGGCUGGAAGACGGUAUUUGACCCUCACCGUCCAUUUGCCAUAGACAUGGCAGGCUUCGCCAUCAACCUGCGACUCAUUCUGUUCAAGCCACAGGCAUAUUUCAAGCUACGGGGAGUGAAGGGUGGCUACCAGGAGAGCAGCCUGCUCCGAGAACUGGUCACACUGAACGACCUGGAGCCCAAAGCAGCUAAUUGCACUAAGAUUCUUGUUUGGCACACUCGGACAGAAAAACCUGUCCUGGUAAAUGAGGGUAAAAAAGGAUUCACAGACUCCAAUGUGGAGAUUUGAUGUUAACUCUUCAGACGAUGGUGGUCGUCAAAUGGACGCUGAGAGAGGGGAAGAAAAAUAUUUUUACGACUUAAUCAUCUCAAAAAAGACUCCCUAAACACGUUUAAUUCUGGGGAUAAAACAGCGAACAUGUAUCAUAUUAAAGCACAGUAGAAGAUGGCAAUAUUUAAAAGGUUUUGUUGCCAGGAGCACCAACAUGGAGACUGUGUGAGCUGAGCCAUAAAGGACCAAUAGGAGGCGAAUGCUCUCUACACCUGCAUGGCACCAUACUGCAUCUGUAGUGUCACGAGAAUCAGCACAACACUUACUGGCUAAUGAGAUAUUCAUUUUCUUAACCUCUAAAGACAUUGAUCUAGGUCAAGGGAAAAGAUCCUGGAAGAUCUUAGUAAGGUCCAUUAGAGGCUGAUGGACCUAUUGAACACUGAACCCCUUGAUACCUUUAGGCAACUGAAACAGCCUCCAUGUGUUCAGAACCAACAAAUGUGGGGAAUCCGAAGGUAUCACCUCUCAGAAGAUCAAAUCUGAUUUCAGCAAACAUGAGUUCAAAAAGGGAGUGAAUGUCCUUUUUGUAUAACUAAAAUGUCUGCUUUUAUUUAAUGUACUUGUUUUCGGCGUUUUACAUGCAUUAUCCUGCUAGUUCAAUACUACUGAUUCCUAUCUCCAUUUUGAAACUGGGGCGCGGUACAUUUCGGGUUGUUCUCAGAUAUGUCACACAGUGUGUACUUGAAGCUACCCAUUCACGUGAAAGUAUUAAUACUGAGAUGUUCAUCUACUGCUUAGACACACAGUAGUACCGAUCAAAGUCCCAAUACGUAGCACUUAAAGGAAGCCGCAGUGAUUUUGGGUUCCUGUGUUCCUAAAUGGCAACACAAAAAUACACAUUUCAAAGAGGCACAUGAUGUCCUCUGUGAUAAAACUACUGUAAUUGCAUAUAUCAGUGUUAAAUAAACAAUAUGAAUUGACAUAGAAAUGUUCAAUAACACCUCACUGUACAACACCUUGUCAUAUGGUCACACCUAUUUUUCCACCACAUGACAUGGCCAGUAACACAUUACCAAGGUUUAACUGAACAUUUUGAUAUCUUACAGCAUUCCCAUUGCCCAGCAACACAUUUUUGUUUAUGACCACACACUAUGCUAGUUUAUAUAUCUAUAGUACUAGAGUAGGACAAAAGAAAACAAAGAUAUCCACACUACAGUCACUGGCAACACAUGGUGUAAUUCCUUUUAUAGUUAUAUUAUUGUACCACAGCUACAUCAACAGUAUAAGCCUUCUGCAUUGUAGUAAUGUUACUGUAUAUAGACGCCCCCCCUGACAAGAUGUUCCAAAAUUCACUUUUGUCUGGCACCUUUAAGCACACAUCUUAUGAUUCUCCGCGGUAACACUUUCCGAUAAGAAUACAUGAACUACCAUUAACGAAUGCAGUAGUUAACAUGAACGAAUGAUGAACAAAGACAUUAACAAACGGUUAAUAAUGAUAACCCCUACUUUAUUAAUGAUUUACAAAUGUAUUAACUAACAGAGUGUAUUGUCAUUUGAUUAUGUGGAGACAGGACAUGAACUCAUGUUGUUAGUUUGUGAUCAUCAAUGUAUGAUAAUUCAUCACUUAAAGGGCCACAAAAUAAUUAA